AGGGCAUCCUGCCUGCCCAAGGGUGUGGCGAGGGGCAAGGGGUGAGAGGGACGCUGGACACUCUCUGCUCUCUCUGCUCCGUGGCCCUGCGCUCUUGCUGCCCCCUGCGGCUCCUGCGCCGCCCCUCUCCGCCCCCUCAGCCCCUGAUCGGCCCCUCGUCGCCCGGCUCGGGCCCGGGCUCCCCACCGUGCACCUGCGGGAUGGAGAAAGAGAGGGAUGUGGGAGAGCCGGAGCGGAGGGAGCGCGCUGAGCCGCUCAGCGACCUGGAGCGCAACAUUGUGCAGAACACCUGGGCAAGAGUCUACGAGAGCUGUGAGGAUGUGGGCGUGGCCAUCCUCAUCAGGUUCUUUGUAAACUUCCCCUCAGCGAAGCAGUACUUCAGUCAGUUCCAGGACAUGGAGGACCCUGAGGAAAUGGAGAGAAGCACCCAGCUAAGGAAGCAUGCCUGCCGAGUCAUGAAUGCCAUCAACUCGGUGGUGGAGAACCUCCAUGAUCCAGAGAAGGUGUCAUCUGUGCUGGCACUGGUUGGCAAGGCCCAUGCACUCAAGCACAAAGUGGAGCCUAUGUACUUCAAGAUCCUGAGUGGGGUGAUUUUGGAGGUGCUGGCUGACGAUUUUGGCGAGUGCUUCACCCCCGAGGUGCAGACGGCCUGGACCAAACUGAUGGCGGUGCUCUACUGGCACAUCACUGGGGCCUACCAAGAGGUGGGCUGGGUGAAGCUCUCCAGCUCAGCCGUCUGAGACCAUCUCUCAACACACAUAUACAUACAUACACUAAACACAUAUACACUCACAGACUGGUUUUAACACUCGAUUGACUAGCCGAGGGACUGAAUGAAAUGGAGAGGGGCAGGAGAUGGAUGGAUGGAUGGUUUGGAUGAAUAAGAAGGAUGGAGUAAUCUUCUGGAAACUAUUAAUUCACUGUUUUUGUUUGUUUUUCACUUUUUGUACCCUGGUUUUCCUGCAAUUAAACAUAAAAAUGUGAGAUUUCAGAGUUCCCACAGGUAUUAC